AAUUUCGUUUUUGUGAAACCGUUCAACGUAAAUUGCAGGUUCUUACGAAUGGCAUAGAGGUGAAACUGCAGAGGAAUGCUUUAAGUGUGAUUGAAGCCCCUACUGGUAAUGAAGAUGAUGAUGACCUUGAAUUUGAAAAUGUUCAGUGGAAUGGUUCAGAUAUGGCAUCCGAUGAUACUCAAAAGUCUCAUAGGUCAAGACAUCGCGCUCUUAAACCGUACGGGUCAUCUCACAAGGCCAUGAGCCGCUCCCUUUCAUGUGACUCACAGUUGAAAGGAUCUAUUCCUCCACAUCGUGGGUCCAUGAAGGUUGACCUUGGCAAACUCGAGAUGGCUGCACUGUGGAGAUAUUGGCGACACUUUAACCUUAGGGAAGCUAUACCUAACCCGUCGAAGGAACAACUAAUUGAUGUUGUUCAAAGGCACUUCACAUCCCAGCAAUUGGACGAGUUGCAGGUAAUUGUGGGAUUCGUCCAGGCAGCCAAGAGACUCAAGACGGUCUGCAAAUGACUCGGGGCAACCCCUUUUUUAGCAUGCUCCUAACUCUAACAAAUAGUGGUACCUUUUGUGUCCACUCACUAUUGCUGCAGUAAAAUGUGUAGUAUAUGUAUACUCCCUCCUGUUUAUCCUUCUAUGUCUUUUGCUUAGUCCUAGCUAGUUAUGUAGAUAAAUGAAAUGCUGAACUAAUUCUGGUUGGAAUUGGAUGUACUUCCUUCACAUGUAUAGUCUAAUGUGUGAAAUGUUAAAUCAUCAUUCAACCAACUCAAUCUUGCUUUACACU